AUGCCGUCCAAGGACUCCGAAUUCGGUGACGUCCAGGAGGCACUCGCCUUCUACAAGUCGCAGAUCCACACGCUCGAGUCGGAGCUAGCCGACUUCCAAGCGUCAUCGCGGGAGCUCGAGCAGGAGCUCGAAAAGGAGCUCGAGGCUAGCGAGAAGCAGCACCGGGACCUGCGGAACAAGAAUGAGGCGUUGCGGUACGAGGUUGAUGAGUGGAAGAGCAAGUACAAGCAGUCGAAAGCCGAGGCCAACUCCGCCCAGAACCUCCUGCAGAAGGAGAUCACCACGCUGCGGGAGCAGAACCGGGCCAUCCAGCUCAAGCUGCGCGACAUCGAGGUGACCAACGACGACUUUGAGCGGCAGGAGCGCAUCGUAAAGUCCUCGCUCGAGGACCUGGAGCAGAAGUACAACAUGGGCAUCGAGCGGGGGGUGAUGCUCGAGGAGGAGAUCCGCCUGGGCGAGCAGGAGCGCGAGGGGCUGCGGAUCGAGGUGCAGCGCCUGAGGGACGAGAUAUCGGACAUGAAGGUCGAGCAGGACAUCACGGUGGAGAAGCUCAACAACACGCUCGCCGUGGCGGCGCGGUACGGGAACGGCAGCCUGCACCAUGUGCCCCCGCCGAGCCUGCAGUCCCCCAUGUCCGAGACAUCGUCGUCCGUCACCUCGCAUUCGCCCACCACGCCCACAACGGCAUCCGCCAUGUCCACGUCGACGCCGCAGUCGGACCACUCGCCGACCCCGCCGUCGCCACCCAUGUCGGAGAUCUCGACCACGACCUCCAGCGCCAACGACCCCUCGCUCACGCCCCGCCCCCGCCACUUCCCCAAGUCGCGCCAGAACCGCGGGCCGUCGUUCAGCACCGCCCUCAACACCGCCAUCCCACUGCCGCCCUCACGAUCACUCCACCAGAUUCGAGGCCUCAUCGGGCAGAUGCAGCGGCUGGAGCAGCGGGUCCACCACGCCCGCAGCAAGCUCCCUGGCCCCGUCAACAACACCCCGCCAAAGGCACAGACACCGCGCAACUCUGCAUCCUUCAUCCCAACAAACGGAACAGGCAUCAUUCUCCGCUCGCCCAAGAAGCACCGCUCGCCCUCCAUGACAUCAUCCGCCACUUCCGGCAGCGACACAUUCAGCCGCCCCACCCGCAUCUCCUACACCAAGCCCGACCGUCCCGCCUCUCGCGCCGCCGGGCCCAUCGAGCGACCAGCGAGCCGGGCAGCCGGCACACUAGACCGGCCCGGCAGCAGGAUGGAGCGGCCCGGGGGGCGAAACGGCACGAUGAUCGAACGCCCAGCCAGCAGGACAUCCAAUGCAUCAGCGACUACCUGCUCCUCCACCGGCCUCUCCGUCCCCGAGCGCCCACCGCACCGCCCCGCAAGCCGCAACUCGGCGCCGCCCCCAACCCGCGCAGCAACAAUGGGCCUGGGCACGCACGCCGAGUUCGGCAUGGCGGCGUUUGGGAACAGGAGGGACCGUGCAAGUAUGGAUAGCUAUGCCACUAACAACAACAGCAGCAACAAGAGCACAGAACUCCCGCACAUCACGCCCACCACACGACGAAACACAGUGGGCAAGGACCUGAGCUUGAAUCUGGGGCUGGGCACAAGCGCAAUUCCGAAACCCGCGAGCGGGCUGCCGCGGAGGAACUUUGGCGCACGGCGUAUCAGUAGCAGUACGGAUGGGAGUGACGAUGCGGCGCGGUAUGGUGGCCAUGGACACUUGUUGGGGGCGGGGGGCGCGGCGGUGGGUGGUGGGGUGAGGAGGAAGAAGUUGAGUGGGGUGGGGGAAACUUAUUGA